GAGGAUAUCUCAUUUUUGUGUACAAGCAGAUGCCAGAUACGCAGCACCAGCAGCUACUCGAGCCACAGGUCCAAAUAUUCCAACUUGCCCGAAUGAUAUCCACUCUAGGAGGACCGAAUCCCUUGUAAGAACGGAUUAUUUCCUUACCUUCGACCGCGGCUGUGACGAUUCCUAUGGUCCCCAGGAUUGAAUGCAUGCCGCUCAGGCAAGAGGCGCCAUUUUGCCUUGCCGGGAAAUUAAACUCUUUCGCGCUAGUCCCACUAGCAGAACCUAAUCCUUCUAACGGCUGUCAGGAGUCCAGUCAGGGCCUAGUCUUGCACCCGCAAACGGUCUCGAGACUGCCGCCGAGUGGAGUUACGCACGCGGCGAAACGCCGAAAAAUACGAAGUCACCACCAGGCGACUGAAAUAACGCCGGCGGUCCUUGCACAGACCGCGCCGAUAAACGGAAAUACAGAAAGAUCGUCUGGACGGCAACAGUUGGAAGCUGGUGAAACGGAGCAGCGCCAGCGGCAGCAGCAGCAGCAGCAGCAGCAGCAGCAGCAGCAACAGCAGCAACAGCAGCAGCAGCAGCAGCAGCAGCAGCAGCAGCAGCAGCAACAGCAGCAGCAGCAGCAGCAGCAGUUCCAGCCGCUGUCGCCGGGCCGUUGUGCCGCGGCCGCUAGUAACUAUAGUCAGCACCGUCCUGUGCCCGCCGUAUUCGCCGGUAGCAUCUCCGUCGGUAACAUACCCUCCAGCGCCGCUGUCAGCGCACCUCGCGCCGAAGCCCCCGCCGCUGCCGCUGCGGCUAGCUCUUUCGCCGCCUUUGGCGGUACUCUACUAAGGGCCGAUUCCAGCGGCGUCUGCGUCCCGUCGUCCGCAAACGAGCGCGGAGGAGGGGGGACGCGCCAAAGCCGACCAGCAGCCGCGCACACCUUCCGCUGCUUCCCCCCCGCGCUUUCCUCCGCGGAGUCCCCCGUAACAUUGCCCUCACCCCAAUCCCCCCCCUCCGCCAGGGGUUUCUCCUCCGCAUUCAACCCCGCGCUUCCGCAAUCCCCCCGACCCGUCCUCGACUCAGCUCAACCGUCUAUUGGCAAUCCUAGCAACUCCCCCACCCUCUGCGUUCCUUCGACCUGCGCCUUCUCACCGCGCGCCACCCUGCCUCGGACUCCGCGCGCCUCUCGGGCGCGUGAUAAUAGUUAUACUAAUACUAAUAAUACUAAUAAUACUAAUAAUAAUAAGAAUAAUAAUAAUUUUCAUCAUCAUCAUCAUACCGAUAAUAAUACAAUUCAAAUACCCGCUGGCGUGAGCCCGCGGCUGCUGCUGUCGCGGGGAGCGGGGUCGCAGCUGCUCCACCCGUCGUCGUCCAUCAGUCGUAUAUGGACCCAACCCCGCGCCGAGUUAACUCUCCUCACCGCUACUAGCAGCAUUGUCGCCCCGGGCCCAACCCUUGCUUCUCUCGCUCCGAAAAGAGGUUCUCUCGCCUCCGCUGUUGUCGCCGUUGCUGUGGGUUCCGCCGCUCCCGCCGCUCUCGCCGCCCCUGCCGCAGCGGCAAGAGCCAGGUUUUCCGGUUCCCUGCUAUCAGCCGGCGCUCCGGCGAGCGGGGAUGCGGAAGGAGGCGGGGAAGCGCAAGGGUCGGGGGGAAGCGCGGAUCGCGCAACGGCGGGGUCGACUCGGGGAAAUGGCCAAGGGGGGGAGGAGAAGCGGCGCAAGAAGCGCGGUAGCGACGCGGAAGUCCGCGGGCGAGGUUUGGGGCUACCGCAAAGUGAGGGGGGGGGACAAGGGGAGGGGCAAAUCCGUUGGGAGGGGGGAGCCAGGCGCGCGGGGGAAACUCUAAGGGCAAGCAGGGGAGGCCUCAACGGGGCUGUGACGGGGGAGCGGGGAGGUUUCGGGCCGAGGCGCGGGGGAUCGGGCGCCGGGGAAAGCGAGCGGAAUGAGAGGGCCGCGGCGCGCAUUUCCUCCCCGCGCGGGUCGGCAAUGCGGGUGUCCGCCAUGUUUUGGGAGGCUCUGCUGGGCGGCGGAGGCACGGGGGAAGGCGGGGGGAAAAUGGGCGGAAGCGGCGGACUCAUAGGCGGGGGAGGCGCGGAGGGGCCGGUGGAGGGGAAGGGAGCGAUGGGGGAAGCGGAGGGGGGAGACGUGGCGCAUGGGGGGAGGGAGUGCGUGGAGAGAGGGUUUGGGGGAGAAGAGGCGGAGAGGCACGUGCAGCCUCCAGAAAAGGAAGAAAUGGUGGCGCAACGGGGGGUUGGCGAUGGGGAGAUAAAUGCACAAAGCGGCAGGAAGGGCGAGGGGUCCCAGCAGGAGCAAGGAGAGGAGCGGAGAGCGCAGCGGAGAGGGCAGCGGAAAAGGAUGUGGGGGCGAGUGCGGGCCCGGGGAGGUGGUAGAAGCACUCACGGGAUCGAAGAAACAGGCAAUGUGGAGGAAUCAAGCGCACCGAUCAGGCAAGGAAUCAAGGCAAGGAGAAAGCGAAGAGAAUCGAGUUCCAUGAGAGGGCCAGCAGAAACCGAGCCAGGCUCUGCAACAGGCUCAGCAGCAGGCUUGGCAUCAGGCUCGGCACCCGGCUCGGCAAGAAGGGGUGGGAGCUGGGGCAGCACUGUGCGUGAGAUGAGCUCUAGAGAGCAGAUGGCUUGGCUGGUUAGGACUCAAGAACGUGGAGAGGAAAGGGGAAAAGGGGGAGAAGGGGGAGAAGGAGCGGAUGCAAGGAGGCUUGGUGUGGACGUGGGGGUGGAGCAAGUAGCAGGGGAAUACAAGACUGGUCUGGGUGGAGAGGGGAAGUGGGUGAGAGGAGGAAGCGGAAGUGUCGCACAGGGUCUGGCUUGGCAGCAGUCGCUGGAUGAUUGCACUGAGACAGUGGCCAUGGCGUGAUGGCAUGGCAUGGGAUGGCAUGGGAUGGGGGGACAAGAGUCAUGUCUUUCCCAUUGUACCUGUUGUCACAGUGAGUGUACCUACUGUUAACGAGAGAAAGAAUGACUAGAACAAAUGGAUACAGGGGUAUGUAGGCUAGGGUGUUGUACUCUCUAUAGCAUGACCCUAUAUAGUCUACUAAACAUAUAGACAUAUG